AUGCCUUGGCGUGCUGUAGGCGCGCGACGGGCAGGUAGCCUGCCCAUAGCUGAGACAUCUGCAGAUCCGGAAUGGCUUCUACUUCGGUUUCCUGGAGGAGAUGCAUCUCGCGAAGCGGCCGUGGGCGGACUGCUGAUCGGUGUGUCGGCGGGCUUUGUGACACUGGAGGAGUUGGAAGCUGGUGCAGUCGAGGGGGUGACACAAUCCCUGGGGCCCACUUUGUUGGUGGGGGUGGAAGGCCUUCCAGACGACGAGGAAGAGGAAGCUGGCGAAGUGGAGAUCCUGAUGCUGGACUGGCCCUCAGCUUGCUUCCGUUAUCUUCUGGGAGGGGGACCGAACCCCAACUGGCCUCAGAACACGGUGUGGCCUCACAAUGCAGAGUCCAUGUAUCGCACCCGCAACUACGAUCAACUCGUGAUAGCUGCUCGGGAAUGGGUUCUGACGGGAGGGCCCCAACUCAGAGGCAUACCACACGGCGGGGGAGGGACCUCCCCCCCCACAGUGGGACCGUCGGACGACCUGCUUGGGCAGAUCCUGGCUCAAACUCAGGCGACUGCGGCUUUGGUCACUCGACUUCAGGACGAUCUGGAAGCGGUCAAGGCGGGGCAAACAUCGCAGGCGACGGCUGGCUCGCAAGGGCCCUCGGCAUUGGUCUCAGCGAAGCAGUUGGUCGGAGCAGCUCCCAAAACCAAAGCGAUGGCGGGAGAGGCGCUAGGCGGCGAAAGCAUCGAGGAGUCCGAGGGGGGGUGGCGACGAGCUGCCCCGGACCAGCUGCUGAAGUCUGCCCUGGUGGGACUUCUGAACCAGAGGAAGCAGAAGCCGAAGGUCAAAGCAACAGGCCUUCCCCUAGAUGGGUCCGACUCGGAGGGCGACGAGGUGGAUCCUUUGAGGCGGCUAAGCGGGGCCAAGGGCGCAAUGCUGCUAGAGAAGCUUCGCAUGGCGAUGGAGAGC